ACCGCCGUAAACAAGAGGAAGAUGAAGUCCAAUUCCUCACCUGCGUCUUUUUAACUAGCUAACUAGUUAACGUGGCUGGAAUCUCUUUCGUUUGCUUUGAGUCAGUUGCUAGCCUGACUAGCUAAUGCUAGAUCAUGGAGCUAGCUCCCAUGCAAGCUAACGCUCGCAAGUGACAGGUCGCGGGCUUUCUGAACGUAAAACGUUGUACCUAGCUAGCUAGCGUGCUAGAAGUAUAUUUACUUAGUCUUGAUUUUGCAGAGCCUUUGAUUGAGUUAGGUAACGUUGUUGGUGAGCUAGGUUUUCCUUUCCACUGUGCCUGGCUAGCUAGCUGAUGUCGGGCUAGUUAGCAUAAUACCUGUCAUCGGUACUGGGUUCUGCGGGAAAUGGUCGACGCUCUCAUGUGCCCAUGGAGAAGGCGGCCUUCGAGGGGUGGCUGGAGUCCGUCUCCACCUCUUUCCUUGCGCUGAGUGACCAGCAGCGCAACCAAUCCCUGGACCACCUCAUCUCACUGAGUGGUGCCGUCCAGCUCCGUCACCUGUCCAAUGGGCUGGAGGCGCUGCUUAAGCGUGACUUCCUGCGCCUGCUGCCCCUUGAACUCACUUUCUACCUGCUGCGCUGGUUAGACCCACAGACCCUGCUCACCUGCUGCCUGGUGUGCAAGCAGUGGAAUAAGGUGAUCACCGCCUGUACGGAAGUGUGGCAGGGUGUGUGCAAGGACCUAGGCUGGCGGAUCGACGAAUCCAUCCAGGAAGCGCCCCACUGGAAGGGUGUCUACCUCAAGGCAAAGCUGCGCAUGACUCAACUAAAGGACCAGGAGGCCUUCGAGACGUCCUCGCUCAUCGGCCACAGCGCCCGGGUCUACGCGCUCUACUACAAAGACGGCCUUCUCUGCACAGGCUCCGAUGACCUUUCAGCCAAAUUAUGGGAUGUCCGCACAGGCCAGUGCAUCUACGGCAUUCAGACCCACACCUGUGCUGCGGUGAAGUUUGACGAGCAGAAGCUUGUGACCGGGUCCUUUGAUAACACCAUCGCUUGCUGGGAGUGGAGUACUGGGGCCAAAAUCCAGCAAUUCCGUGGUCACACGGGGGCAGUGUUCAGCGUGGACUACAAUGACGACCUGGACACACUGGUGAGUGGUUCUGCAGACUUCACCGUGAAGGUGUGGGCGCUGUCUGCUGGAGCCUGCCUCAACACGCUGACUGGACACACGGAGUGGGUCACCAAGGUGUUACUGCAGAAGUGUGAAGUAGAAUCGAUGAUGCAUAGUCCUGGGGAUUAUAUCCUGUUGAGUGCUGAUAAGUAUGAAGUCAAGAUUUGGCCUUUAGGGAGAGAGAUCAACUGCAAGUGCUUAAAGACCUUGACUGUGUCAGAAGACCGCAGCGUGUGUUUACAGCCACGCCUGCAAUUUGACGGCCGCUACAUCGUCUGCAGCUCUGACCUGGGCUUGUACCAGUGGGACUUUGCCAGCUUCGAUGUCCUCAGGGUUAUCAAAACACAGGACCCCGCCAGCCUCUCUCUGCUCAGCUUUGGCGAGGUGUUUGCCCUGUUUUUCGACAAUAGCUUCUUGUAUGUCAUGGACAUCAGGACAGAAACAAUCUCAGGCCGGUGGCCUCUGCCUGCCUACAGGAAGUCCAAACGAGGCUCCAGCUUCCUGGCAGGAGUGACUACUUGGUUAAACGGGCUGGAUGGCAUUAAUGACUCUGGGCUCGUGUUUGCCACGAGUAUGCCCGACCAUAGCAUUCACUUAGUUCUGUGGAAAGAAAAUGGAUAGCGUGAAAAGAUAUCUCAAAACCUAUAUUGCUAGGUUGAUUAAAAACCGCCACGUCUCUGGUGCUUCAAGUUCAGACCCACAAGCCAAUUUACAUAAUGCAUGGACCAAAGUGUAUUUUUUAUAUAUAUAUAUAUAUAUAUAUAUAUAUAUAUAUAUAUAUAUGAUUUUUUUCCCUGCCCCCCUUUUAUCUUUUCACAUGCUCUCAUACACAAAUCAUGCAGUUUGCUUGGGGAAAGAGCUAAGUUGAAAUGCAGUCUGUUGUGGACGGCACCACCGUGGGGCAUAUUAAGGCGCUGCUACAUAUGCACUGAGAAAUGGAGUGGGGAAUGUUAUACUAAGAAGCACUUCAGUUAAGUUCAUACUAAGCCAUCUGUCCACCAACCUUGAAGAUGUUGGAGGAAAGAAGAGUUACCAAAUGAAGGAACACAUUCAAACUGCAUGGCUGACAAGGACUUAUCAACAAGUGGAGACUGUAAAAUGAUGUACCAUUUAAGAAGUUGCCCGUUAUAAUAUAUAUACCAGAUUAUUAAUUUUUUUACUUUAAACAGGGUUCUUAAAGCAGCUAAGUGGGAAAGAGAUGCCUUAAAACAAAGUAGUACUUUGUUAAGGGAGUACGUCAUUAAGGACGUUUUUGGCACAGUGUGUCCUAGGUUUUUACACUUGCAUCCCCAUAGCAGUUACAUUUUGAAAUGUUCAAAGUGGUUUAGUGCAUUGGCCUUUUUGUGCCAUGUGAAGCAUUGUUUCAAGGUCCUGUGUAAGUAUUGUAAAUGCUUUUCUUGGGGGUUCUUGUUUUAAGAAGUCAAUUUAAGAAGUGGGUGAUGUGCCUUUUUUAGUUGAUUUUGAUCAUUCAUCCAGAGAAGGACACACAGAACCAUAGUUUCAUGAUUUCCUAGGAAUACUGCAAUAACUGUAUUGCGAUUUAAUUUAAUUGUCCAUACUUACCACACUAUAACCUAUGGUGUAAGAUGUAUCUAGUAUCUUACCACUAUAUAUCCUGUGACUCAAGUUUCUAGUAAAUUGCUUUAUUGAAUUAUAUUCUAGAUCAAGUGCAGUUACAGGUUUAUUUUUGUAAACAUUUCGAGGUUUGCACAGGAUUUAGAAUAUAUGAUUUUUUAAAACCCAAUACUCAACUAUAUAUAUAUGUCAUGUCUCAUUGCAGAAAAAAAGUUGAGCACUUGAAGGGACACCCCCAAGAUUUUGACAAUGUAUCUUCAACUUGCUUUCAUGUUUCCAACUGUAGACCAGGUGCUUGAGAGAAUUUGUGUUGCCUCGGGUUAGCAUUUUACCAUCUUGCAGUGGAAAAUAUGGUAAUGACUGUCUUGCAUUUAAAACAAAAAUACUGAUAAGACUUUGAAGAUUUUGACAUUGCAAGCACUGCAAAAAUAUAAAUGUGUGUUAUGUAUUAUUAUUUUAAAAACAGCAGAUGUUUCUGCACCGUGCUCAAAAGACUAAUUUGCUAUUAUACAGCAUCCAAUAUCAGCAGUAAAUUCAUUGUCAUGUUUAGGCUGCAGUGCUAUCUUCUGAUAUUUUUCACUAAGAACGUUGGAAGGUUCUCCACAUUGCUUGUGUUAUUCUCAAAAACGUGCCUCUUUGUGCAACUGAACGCGUAAUUGCAAAAUCUACCAAGGUGAAAAUCCGGAGCCACCCGUUAAUGUUCAGUUUUCUUACAAAACAAGAUUAUUCUCAGAGUAUAUCCCUGGUUUAUAUUGUCUAGCCCAUUAUCAUACAUAAGUUCAUAAUGGUAUAUUUUCAUAUUGUGGUUCUCAAUGAAAUACACGUAAUUUUAAGUACGUAAGUCAGACAUAAGUUUGAGCAGUCAGGGACGACAUCAUUUCCUUCAUCAAGUCAGUCUUCCCAUUUUGAAGCUAGGUGACAGUUGAGUGUGCAUGGUAGAUGUGAAUGAUUUAAAACCAAACCCUUACAAGGAGACACGAACCAUAUACUGAAGUGAACAAGAUUUUCUUCUAGUCAUUGUCAAUGCCUUUUUGUACUUAAGAGAAAAUUGUCCAGGAAAACUUUCUUUUGGAUCUAUUGAUGAAAGUUGGUGUAAGAUAGCAUUUUCAUUUCUCUAGCAACACACAUGCACUGCCUCACUAACUAUAUUGCACUGUAACAGCCGCUCUAAAAUCACUUGCAUCCAUUUACAAUAAGCUUACUUCAGAUACGUUGGUUGUAUAUUACGUUGCAGUCUUUCUAAAUAAAUGACAUAGCUAACUGAAUUUGUAGUCAUUAUGUUUAGAGACCAAUUGCUUCACCAUAAAGCCACGCCACUCACAUCUUGGAGUUGUUUUCAGAGAGAGAGAUCAUAUUUUCAGGAAGUCCUUUUUUGACAUUUAAGAUGUGGAUUUGUGAAUGGUGACACAAAAAUGUAGGGAUUGGAUAUCAGUUUUUAAAGAAUUUUAUAUUUAACAAUGUUAUAUUUAGGAUUAACAGCAGUAGGAGCAUCUUCACUGUUAUCGUCAGUAUUUUGGCAUUUAUUGGCUUAUACUUUUCCUUGAAACUGUUUUUCUUUGCAAGGUAAAACUACAGACCAUACAUUUGGAUACAAAGACUGACCAUUGUUCAACCAUAGGUUGUGAUAAUACCCAAAGUAAUGCCACUUCCACCUUGUAUGAGCAGAUCAGAUUUAAAAUAUCAGCUCACUCAGUGCAUAUGUGGAAAACAACUAGGGGUUGUUGUCUGAAGCUGAACUUACACCUUUGCUGUCAUAGCCCAGACUAAAAGGACCAAUAUACUGGUUGCAAAUGUUGACUAGUCAGUGUUGAUGGAUGCAUAUAUUGAGGGAGCAAUGCUUAAUCUGUCCCUGUAUUUAAGGCUUACAUUUUCCUCACUUCAAAUUCACCAUGCCGAAGACCAGGAAGGUAUUGCAUUUCUUUCUUUCUGCAGAGUUGGACCAAAUACUUAUAACAGUUAAGUUGAAACAACGGUGACCAUAUUUAGAAUACACAUCAGCAGUGUACAGAAAUAGCUAAAUUCAGAAUAUGAAUUUGUUGUUAGAUCUAACAUGGUCAGUGUCAAUCCAACCACCUGAAAAUGCAUGACCAUAUGAAAGUACAUUCUGUGGCUGUGAAUGCUCAUGCAGAUCUAGCCAUCUGUCUUAUGUGCCAUAGAGCAUCUGAACCUGUGAUUACUACAUAGCUGUGAUGAUUCCAUUGACACAUUUUGUGGCAUUACUGAAUGAAGCUUGAAGAUAGUUUAAACUGUUAAUACUGUUCAGAAGUCUCCAUGUACUGACCUCAAUACUAUCAUACUUUAGGAGUGGACAAACAGUUGCUGAUGUAACACAUUGUUAAUUUGGAACAAGUACUCAAGGCCAUAUUUCAUUUGUAUAACUUGUCAACUUUCUUAAGUAGUUAUAUUAUGACACAAUUUCCAUUUUCAUGUCAUUUGAAUUUUGAAAUAGAACAGUAUAGGCCUGCAUGCUAAAUAUGUUAUAUAUUUGUAUUCAGUUUAUAUAUAAUUGUGCAUCAAUUAUGCCAAAGUAUCAAUAUUUUAGAAUCACAUUAAAAAAUAUAUAUCAUAAUGACUAUCAUAAUGCAUGGAAUGGCUGCUGAAUGUCUGUAAUAAUAACCUACAUAUUUCUGAGCUUUUUACAUUUCCAUUACUCAAUAAAUACU